AAAAACAUUAAUUGAAUAAAGAAACUUUAGAAAUGUGGGAGUGUGUGAGUCAUACAUUGCUAGGGUUUAAGCUUAGUGUUUAAGAAUUAAGCCUACUCUACCACCGCGACAUUCGAAAUUUUCCAGCUCCAGCCAAAAAGGAAAAUGGCGAAUUCGAUGGCAAAUUUAUCUAGAAGGGUUUAUAGAUCUCUUCUCUGUAACCCCAGAACUUCUCAACUUUCAAUGCCCUUUUGCACCACCACCCCGAUUUCCUCCUCUGCUGAAACUUCCGACUCGGACUCUGAUCCAUUUCCCGACUUUUCUUCUUCGCAAUCCUCAACGCCCUUAGAAUCUGCCAAGGACUCCAACACUAAGAGUCGUUUAUACGACCUCCCGCUUGAGAAUGGCUUUGAUACGGGCAUUUACAAGGCAAUUCUGGUUGGACAGGUAGGGCAGACCCCAAUCCAUAAGAAACUGAAGAGUGGGCUAUCAGUGACAUUAUUUUCCCUGGGGACAGGUGGGAUUCGAAACAACAGGAGGCCACAUGGGAAUGAGGAACCAGUGGAGUAUGCUAAUCGCUGUGCUAUUCAGUGGCAUCGUGUUUGUGUGUACCAAGAGCACUUGGGAGGUGUUGUCCUGAAGCAUGCUCUUCCUGGCACGACUCUAUAUCUAGAGGGAAAUCUGGAGAUGAAAGUCUUCACUGAUCCAAUCAGUGGUAUGGUUCGACGCCUGAGAGAGAUUUCUAUUCGUCGAAAUGGUCGGAUUGUGUUUUUGGGAAAUGUUGAUAAAGCAGAGGGGCCAGCUACUGGAGAAAUGAAAGGUGUUGGGUUUUUCUAGAAAGAAAUGGUGUUAGUUGAAGUGAAAAUGUAUUUGAUAUGGAACCAAUUUGAGCAAUAUAGUAGCAAUAACCGCGAGGGGUAGUUGGUUUAUGGAUGAAGAAGGCAUUGACGGGUAAAGACGUGAAAGUAGUUGAAAUUGCAUCUAAUGUUUGAAGUAGUUAUGUUAAUAUAUUACAACACAUCUAUUUUGGGGAAACAUCUGUUGCUAUCUUUUGGAUUGAACCAGCUUAUCUACCCUCAUUUUUUAUAACAACAAAAAAGAACGGAACAGAAAACCGGCUCUUGAUGGUUUAGACAAAA